AUGAGCCAACAGUCUUCCUCUUGUUCUAGUCCCAUGAACCUCAGCAACAACAGCAAUAAUAACCUUUCGUGCGAUCAAGAUCAGAAAUCAUCAAGUAACAACCAGAAGAAUACAUUGACUGUUACGGAUAAUCGUACUGGCAAGAGUUUUGAAAUUCCUAUUGAAGAUGGUUAUUUCAUCAAUAGUACGCACUUUAAAAAGAUGGUUGUUGAUGGUGAGGAUAAGAAUGGAAUUAUGUGUUUUGAUCCUUCGUUCAUGAAUACAGCAGUCGCAGAUUCCAAGAUUUGUUUCAUUGAUGGUGAAAAGGGAGAGCUUCGUUAUAGAGGUUAUCGUAUUGAAGAGUUGGCUGAAAAAUCAACAUUUCUCGAAGUGGCUUAUUUGCUCAUUUAUGGGGAACUGCCAACUCAAUCUCAAUACAAGGACUGGUGUUCGAAGAUUACGACUCAUACAUUCAUUCACGAAAAUUUGGUUUCCAUGUUGAAGACAUUCCGUUACGAUGCUCAUCCUAUGGGAAUUCUAAUCUCCGGUCUAAGUGCAUUGGGAACUUUCUAUGCAGAGGCAAAUCCAGCACUCGUAGGAACUGAUGUUUACAAAGAUGAAAAUAAGCGAAAUAAGCAAAUUUUCAGAUUGUUAGGAAAAGUUCCAACCAUUGCUGCUUGUGCAUAUCGUCACAGAAUUGGACGUCCCUACAAUACUCCUGUAAAUCACUUGUCCUAUACUGAAAACUUCUUGUACAUGCUUGAUAGACUUUCUGAACCCAAUUAUCGUCCUCAUCCAAGAUUAGCAAAAGCUCUCGAUGUAUUAUUUAUUCUUCAUGCUGAUCACGAGUUGAACUGUUCGACAGCUGCUAUGCGUCAUGUUGGAAGUUCACUUGUAGAUCCAUAUACUGCAGUUAGCGCCUCAGCUGCAGCAUUGUAUGGUCCUUUGCAUGGAGGUGCCAAUGAAGCAGUUCUUCACAUGCUCGAAGAAAUUGCAAAACCUGAGAAUGUUCCUCAAUUCUUACAAGAUGUUAAAAAUAAGAAACGUAAAUUGAUGGGAUUCGGGCAUCGUGUUUACAAAAAUUAUGACCCACGUGCAAAAAUAUUAAAAGGAGUUGCCAAGGAAGUGUUUGAAAUUUGUGGAAAGAGUGGUUUGUGGGUCAUUGCCGAAGAAUUGGAAAAACAAGCUCUACAAGAUGAAUAUUUUGUGAGCAGAAAGUUGUUCCCUAACAUUGACUUUUAUUCUGGACUGAUUUAUCAAGCACUUGGAUUCCCGACUGACAUGUUCCCAGUAUUAUUCACCAUUCCUCGUGUUGCAGGUUGGCUCGCUCAUUGGCGUGAAAUGAUUCUAGAUCCCAACUUGAAAAUCUUCCGUCCACGUCAGAAAUACACUGGUUACGAUUUGAGAGAAUAUGUGAGCAUUGAAAAGAGAGAACCAGAAUCACCCUAUGUGCAUUCUUACUUUUCACAAUAUUCCACUCGAAGAAUGGUCACUGACCAAUAUUGGAACUCAUUGCGUGCAGAAGAGGAUGUUUUCGAUCAACAACCACAACAACCAAAACGAUCAUCAAGUGAUAUGGAAGACAAUGAUCUAAGAAGAGAUAAGAUGGAUUUUGUGGCUGAGAGAGAUGAAUGUGAUUGA